GACUUCUGCCCUCCAGAACUGCAAGGUAGUAACUUUGCGUGGCUUUACCCCACCGGCCGGCGGUACCGGUGCAACAGAAACAGGAAACAAUAAAGACAGAUUUUUUUUUCCCCUAAUCUGAUCUCUCAAGCGCAGGGUUUGAAUCUCUUACGUCCAGGGAUGUCCCUCCAGGCACACGGCAAACAUCCAGUAUGUAUGUGUUGAUGCCUGGAUGUAAAAGGGCUUCAGGCCAGGAAGUCAGCAGCUGAUGGGUCAAGCCAGGCCUCAGAUGUGGUCAGAACAUGUGCAGAGGCCUGCUGCCCGCCCCAGCCCUGAGGAGAGGAGGGCUUGUCUCCCGGGGAGGGGCUGGUUCCCUUCCCGUGGGGCUGCUGAUGUGACAGCCCCUUGACGGGAAAACCAGCCUCCCCGCGGACACACCCUGUGGGUCUCCGUGCUGAGGGCACCGUGUUUCCUCCAUCUGCACAGCCUGCACCACAGGGAGGAGGCGCCAUGACCCCCACGCUCACGGCCCUGCUCUGUCUCGGGCUGAGUGUGGGCGUGAGGACCCAGGUGCAGGCAGGGACCCUCCCCAAACCCACCAUCUGGGCUGAGCCAGGCUCUGUGAUCCCCUGGUGGAGGCCCGUGACAAUCUGGUGUCAGGGGACCCUGGGGGCCCGGGAGUUCCGUCUGCAUAAAGAGGGAAGCCAACGCCCCUGGGACACACAGCCCCCACUGGAGCCCGGGCACAAGGCCAAGUUCUCCAUCCCACACAUGAAAGAGAACAACACAGGGAGAUACCGCUGUUACUAUCACAGCCGCACUGGCUGGUCAGAGCGCAGUGACCCCCUAGUGCUGCGGAUGUCAGGAUGGCUGCGUGACACCCCCUCCCUCUCGGUGCAGCCGGGCCCCACGGUGGCCUCAGGACCGAGUGUGACCCUGCUGUGUCAGUCAAGGCUCUACAGAGACACCUUCCUUCUGUUCAAGGAGGGGGCAGCCCAUCCCCCACUGCUUCUUAAAUCAAAGUCCCAAGGUGGGCAGUACCGGGCCGAAUUCUCCCUGAGUCCUGUGACCGCAGCCCACUGGGGGACCUACAGGUGCUACAGCUCACUCAGCAGUGACCCCUACCUGCUGUCACAGCCCAGUAACCCCCUGAAGCUCCCGGUCUCAGGAGGUGCCCCAGGUCUCGGGUGGCAUGUGAACGUUCCGAUCACAGGCUCAGUGGCCUUCGUUGUCAUCGUCCUCCUCCUCUUCCUCCUCAUCCGCUAUCUGUGUCAGGAAAGACGCAGGAAGUCAGAUGCCGCCGUGAACAACACACAGCCUGCGGAGGAGGUGCAGCUAGACCAUCAGGCUGCCCCAUCUACAUGCCCCCAGGAUGUGACCCACUCGACUCUCAGAUGGGAGACUACUGCAGCCCCUCCCUCCUGGUCGGGGAAGCCCCCGGCAGAGCCCACCUUGUACACCACGCUCACCAUCCACUAGCCCAGGGGACCCAGAGCCCGCGCUCCAGGCAGGGGACUGCAGGGACGCCGGAAGGCACAGGACCUGCCUGCAGUGGACACCACCUGAUGGCCACCAGCCGACCUGGACUCCUAAUACAGACCGCAGGAGCUCCUGGGGCCCUUUGGGAGUCACCUGAUUCUACCAUCAAACAUAGUUAAUACCUUUACAUGGUGGAAAUAAUUCAAAAGACUUCUCGGUUAUCAAUGUGCGAAUUAAAAGCAAAACUAAA